UAAAUCCUACCGGCCCACAUUUGUAAGUGCCCACAUUUGUAAGUGUUCCGGGCCGGCCACUCCCCAUCAGGCCCGUAGCAGCUGUCACUGCGCAGUGAAAGAUCAGGAGUGAGUUACUGAUGGAUAAACAAGCUCCAAAGCGUAAAGGAGGUGCACAAAAACUUAGGGAUAAAAAAAUGAAAGCACUUGAGGAAGGUUCAGCAAAAUCAAAAAAAAUUACAGACUUUUCGUUUGGUCCUGCAGCUGGUUCUAGUUGUAGUACAACCACCACCGGAGAAGCUGAUGUAACGUUAGCCGACACAGCGGCCAUUCCCAGUGGCAGUGAGUCCAGCAAUGAAACUGACACAGCACAGCGGCAUCUAGAGCCCAGUACCAGCAGUGAUAUGAUGGCUGAAGAUGAUCCUGCUGCUGACACUGACAGAGUUAGUCAAGGCCAGGAUGUCAGUGCCACCCCAGUUGAUUAUUUCACCAGGCCGAUGUCAGGCACAUUAGACCUAUUCUUCCGUUUUCACCCCCAGCAGAAGGCAGACAAGGCUGUAGUGCAGAGGGCUUUUUUUUGCAAAGACGGCACAAACAGGAAAUGGCUAUCAUACAGUGAAGCCAGAGAAGUACUCUUCUGCUCCCUUUGUAUGGCUUUUGCUAAUCCUAGAGAUAGCAACUCCUUCAUCACUGGUAUGACCAACUUCACACACAUACAUCAGAGAGUCGAGGAGCAUGAGCAGAGCCAUGCUCACAGAGGUUGCGCUGAGGCAUAUUUCCUCAGAUUCUCAAAAAACACAAUUCAGGACCUUCUCAUGGGACCUCAGAUGUCACGUCACAGAGAGGAAGUCCGCAGGAAGCGUCAAGUGUUGGAGCGCAUCAUAGAUGUGUUGAAACUCAUUGGUCAAAGGGGUUUGAGCUACAGGGGCACGCAGGCGGAGGCAUUAUAUACACUAGAUGAUGACACCAUUGAUCAUGGUAACUUUUUAGAGAUGAUUGUUUUGCUGGGAAAAUAUGAUGUGUGUCUCAAGGAACACCUCACUCUCUGUAUAGAAAAGAGCAAGCAAAUACACCAGUCUGGUUUAAGACAAGGUAGAGGUUCCCUUGUCACUCUCCUAUCCAAAACAACCAUCAACUACAUCAUCACCACCAUCCAACGCCUAAUGAAGGCCACCAUCGCCACUGAAGUCCGGGAAUCUGGCAUGUAUUCUGUCCAGAUUGACACCACACAGGACAUCACAGCCCAAGAUCAGUGCUCUGUUGUCAUACGAUAUGUGACAGACAUUGUUCAUGAGCGACUUGUUGCUGUGAUUAAAUGUGAGGCAUCCACUGGGCAGUACUUUGCACAACUUGUUGUGAAUGAAGUACUGGAGACCAUGAAACUGGAUGUGAGGCAGUGUAUUGGAGAUUCCACCGAUGGGGCCUCCAAUAUGCAAGGCCAAUAUAAAGGCUUCUCUGCACUGCUCGCCAAAAUGUCCCCCACCCAUGUCCAUGUAUGGUGCUACGCACACGUCCUGAACCUCGUCCUGGCAGACACAACACAAUGUGUAUUGGCAAGUGGGUCUCUUUUUUCCCUGUUGAACAACAUCGCUGUCUUCAUCAGAGUGUCCUACCAGAGGAUGAACAUCUGGGAGAAGGAGAGCAAAGACCCAAGACACAGACGUCUCGCCCCGAUUGGAGAGACACGCUGGUGGUCCAAAGACGUUGCUGUGACUAAGGUAUUUGGCUCUUUUGGAAAGCCAGAUAAUGCCCUGUAUGUUGAUGUCCUUCAUACCCUCUCCGCCAUUCAACAUGGACAGACUAUCAACGCCACUGCACGGGUCAAUGCACAUGGAUACAUCACCCAGCUUCUGAGGUAUGAAACAAUACUUACAGCUCAGAUCUUCCUGAGAAUUUUCCAGGUCACCUCACCAGUCUCAAAAUACCUUCAGAAAAGUGGAAUGGACAUCCUGACAGCUCAUCGGAUGAUUGUGGCUGCAGAAACACAGCUGAAAGAUAUGACCAGAGACUUCGAGAAAGUCAAGACGGCGGCCGCCACAUUCGUCCAGUGGGCCAACAAUCAAACAGAGGAGCAGAGUGAGGAGACUGAGCUGGAGGUUGAGGCCGCUCUGCCACAGAAACGGGGUAGAAAGAAGAAAACCAUGCCUGGAGAGAUGUCCAAGGAUGAGGCUGUGACUGAUGCUGAAACAUCAUACAAGAUUGAUGUCCAUAAUCAAAUCAUGGACACAAGGCAGCACUCCAAGAAUUAA